GCUGCAAGCAAAAAUAUUUCCCGCUGCUUUGCCAGAGAGUCUUUUGUGAUUUUUUUUUCUCGGCGUCCCUCAGUUCCUCUCCCCGGUUGAGAGUUUUUCCAUCGUUGACGAUAUCCCCUUUUGAAUUCCCACCAGGCUUCCCGCUGUCAGGAAACCCCGCCAAGAUGAGCGAUGAGAUCGUCCACGAGACCAUCAAGGAUGGGUGGUUCCGCGAAAUCUCCGACAUGUGGCCUGGCCAGGCCAUGACGCUCAAGGUCGACAAGGUGCUGCACCACGAGAAGAGCCAGUACCAGGACGUGCUCAUCUUCAAGUCAACCGACUACGGCAACGUGCUGGUGCUCGACAACGUCAUCCAGGCCACGGAGCGCGACGAGUUCGCGUACCAGGAGAUGAUCACGCACCUGGCCCUCAACUCGCACCCCAACCCCAAGAAGGUCCUCGUCAUCGGCGGCGGCGACGGCGGCGUGCUGCGCGAGGUGGUCAAGCACGACUGCGUCGAGGAGGCCAUCCUGUGCGACAUCGACGAGGCCGUCAUCCGCCUGUCCAAGCAGUACCUCCCCGGAAUGGCCGCGGGACUGACCCACCCCAAGGCCACCGUCCACGUCGGCGACGGCUUCAAGUUCCUCGACGAGUACAAGAACGCCUUUGACGUCAUCAUUACCGACUCGUCUGACCCCGACGGCCCGGCAGAGAGCCUGUUCCAGAAGUCCUACUUCCAGCUGCUCCACGACGCCCUGCGCGAGGGCGGCGUCAUCACCACCCAAGCCGAGAACCAAUGGCUCCACCUGCCCCUGAUCACGAGGCUCAAGAAGGACUGCAAGGAGGUCUUCCCCGUGGCCGAGUACGCCUACACCACGAUCCCGACCUACCCCUCGGGCCAGAUCGGCUUCAUGGUCUGCUCCAAGGACCCCAAGGCCGACGUCAAGGUCCCGCUAAGGAGCUGGACCAGGGAGGACGAGGUGGCCAAGUGCCGCUACUACAACGCCGACAUCCACAAGGCCAGCUUCAUCCUGCCGACCUUUGCCCAGCAGGCGCUGAACUAGUCGGGGGAUAUGGGUUUGGGGAUCCUGUAUCAAAAGUUUUACGGGAUGGCGCAGGCUGUUCCCUGAAAAAAGAGCACGGCUGCCACGUAGCGUGUCUUAUGAUUAAGUAUAUGUCAUACAGGGUGGCUGGGAUGAGCUGUGUAUUAGACGAGAAUGCUCAAUGGAGCCUCACUCAACAAAGUAAAAGAUCAAAGGACUUUGUCCAACACCAGUGGCAACGGCCGCGUUACCCUGCUUUGAAACCGCGGCGGGAGUUCUUGAUGGCCGCAG